GCACAGUUGACUUGCGGCCUUGCUUGAAGAAGUUUCAUCGCAUUACUUUGGGAAGCGAAUAUAUUUAGUUCGAAUAGAAUUUGAGUAAAAUGACUAAGUUUAUUUUGGGCCUCGCGCUUUGUGGAUUUUUGGUUUUAGUCGCCGCCGCACACCCUUUGCUGGAGGAGGAAGGCUACAACAAUGAUGCAGCUAAUCGCCUAGUAGAUGUUCAAGGCUGGAUAGAAGAACUUCAACCGGUUGCACUGCUGGUGCGCCAUGCACGUUCUCCUGACUCACGCGAGGAUUCGUCUCAAGAAAAUAAACGAGGUCGAGUUGAGUUGAAAUACGAAGACACGCCGGAGCGUGGACGUGAAGCCACUUUCAAGUACAAUCACAAUUUGGCGAAAAGCGAUGAUGGCAGCUAUAGUGUUGAUGCUUAUGCACAGGGCAAGCGUAAUUACGAUUGGAAUCAAAAUGAUUUUCAAGGUGGUUUGGAGGGUCAUUGGCAUUUCAAGGGUUAAAAUGCAGUAAAAGAAUAAAUAAUGGCCUUAUUCAUAAAAAAUAAUAAAAAUAAUAAAAUAAUAAAAAAGGUUUAUAAACAGAAAAAUUUAUGAAAACUCUCUUUAAACCUACUUUAUUUUUUAUGAAUAAGGCCAAAUAUGUUUAUAGCAUUUAGCUACUAGAAAUAGGCAAGGAAUGCUAUAUUGAAAUAAACAGCAAAUAUAGAAA